CAAUGCUUUGAAUGAGGUAGAUAUAUGUACUGAUGGCGAUAUUAUUUUGUGAUAAUUGAACAAUCUGUUUUAAGAAGAAAUGUAUUGAAGGAAUUAUUGAUUAAUCUAUCUCAGCGACUCAAAUCACUGUUUCCAAAAUAAAGAUUUUCGAUGAAUCUAUUUAUUCAGACAUUGAAGUGGUGUGCAGAAUACUUAAUUUUCUUACCCAUAUAUUUGUUUUAAAAGUGAAGUCGUACUCGUUUCAUAUGUCUUCAGCAGUAAAGUACCAAGCACCUAGCACUCUAAUAUGGAUAAUAUUUGCAUGUCAUCUGAUUUAGGAAAAGAUUCACAGGAAAUUAUUUUUAAUACCACAAAUGAACUAGACGUACACAAUGAUUUUGAGUUUUAUGAUUCUGAAGAUUCUUUUAAUCAAACAGCACAACCAACUUCAGUAUUAAACAUAACAUCUGCGCAUGAUUCUGUGUUGAAUAUAAAUGAAAAAUACGUUAGUCCAACAAUAAUGAAUAAAAAACCAAGUGAAACUUCAGAAAUAAAUACUGACUUUGUUGCAGUCAUAGAACCAGUAUUUUAUGCCUCAACACCGAAUAAUUCUAUUUUAUCAGUGAACACAAAUAAUGUACAUGACCUACAUAGGGAUGAAGUAUUGACUACAUCACAAGAGGCUUCUGCCAAUGUAAUAAAUACUCAACAUGAUUCUUCUCGUUUAAACACCAGCGAAGAAGUUAAAUCUUUGGACAAAAUGGAUGACUAUUCCUUGAUAACUAAAAACGUUACAAGUAAUACUACUAAUUGUGUGGUAAAUACGACUUCUGAAAGAAGAUUUGCGGAGCUAAAAAUUGAGAAUAGCGAUGAUGAUUGUAAAAGCCAAGUGUCCUUCGAUUCAGGAAAUGAAAGGUCGAGCCAUAAAUAUUUUAUCGAUUUGUCAAGUUUACCUGAUUCGUUGCCUCCUAAAAAAACAAGUGAGUUAGAUAAUGCGCAUGAAAAAAGUAAGAUUUUCAACAUAUUUGUCGAUUUAGGUGAUAAGGCACCAGUAAAGGAGAUGCCUACUAGACUAUCAUCCGCACUGAACGUAAAAAGACAAAUCGAUAAAAGUCAACCAGCUCAAGAAAAACCUAAUAAAAAUUCAAAAAUAAUGAAUGCUGAAAAACGCCAGUCUGCAUUGACCGAAAAAACCACAUUGUGUAACAACUCUACACUAUCUGAGUUUGAAGCAAUAGAAGCUUUAUGUAACGACCCAAAUAUAAGUCUUACUGAAAUAAUUCAUACACCAAAAACAAAAAAGAAUAAAAAUGAGAAAACAAGUUUGUCUCAAGAACCAUUUCGAAACCACAGUGAGCAAAGCAAAUCUGCAAUAUGUAAAGAAGUUUUUCAAAAGGCCGAUUCUUACGUAAAAUUGUCCGACUUGGAUAAUCCAGUGUCACAAACAGAUUUAUCUGAACAUCUUGAGACAGCAAAUGACGUCCGAAUGACUAGAUCUAUUCCAGACAACAACUGGAGAAAACAAUAUCAGUCUACCUGUGUAUCGAUAGGUUUGCUAAGUUCUUUUCACUCUGAGAACGCAUUGAGCUUAAAUAGACUCUUUCCAAAUUUAAAGAAUGAUAUCAGUAGAAGUAUGCCCGGGUCAUUGUCAGCAAGGACAUCGCUAUUAAAGCCUGGUAUAGUUCCAAGUCCCGGAGAGACCGAUGAGCCGAAUAUGACGUCGGAUGUUUCUGAAAUUAGCAGUGUCCAAAGCAGUACAUGCCGCUCUAUUGUUGAAAGUACUACGGAAGAGUCAAGUCACGUAGCAAAUUUGAUUGUUAAUUGUCAGUCCCGUUUAGGGCAAGAUUUGCUUCGAAUGUUCAUAGAGGAAAUAGCGCCGGACGUUAUAGUAGAAGUGGCUGGAAAACGUAUUAAAGCGCAUAAAUGUAUUUUAUCUUCCCGAUGCCAAUAUUUCGCUCGAAUGCUAAGUGGAGGCUGGGUCGAAAGUGCUGGAAAUGUCAUUACUUUAUCGUUAUUUUCCUUUGAGGCCGUUCAUUUUGUGCUGUGCCAUAUAUAUUCGGGAACGUCCGAUCUUCCUGACAGUAUACGCAUUGUUGAGUUAGCAGCCAUGGCGGAUAUGUUGGGACUAGAGGGACUCAAGGAAGCAAUCAUGGUCAAGCUUAAAGUCACUUAUUGUCAUAAUUUCCAUACGCCGUGCUCCAUUUGUAUUGUGGGUGUCGUUGAGUGCUUACCGCUAUCGGCUGUGUAUGGGUUGGACGAUCUGUACCGCAAAAUCUUAAGAUGGAUGACAAAAUAUUUUGCAACCAUUUGGCCGACGAAACCAUUCGCUACAUUACCAAAGGAGCUUUUAGAAAAAUGUUACCAAGAGCAUGUUGUUAAUUUAUCAAUUGAUAAUUUUCUCGACACGGUGUAUGGAUGCGGAAGCAUAGUUGGUAUACUGGAAAAUACAAAAUGGGCUGAAAAAGUGGCUCAAAUGUGCCGACGGUUGGUUAACGCAGCCGCGCAUUUUGCUGCACCGAAACUAGUUCAAAUCCUCGAAUUAAUCGCCACCGUCCCAAACGACUCAGCUCCGUUAGCAAAGCAGGCUUUAAAGGACUGUUUAACAGCAGCUAUAGAAUGGGCUCCACCCGGCGAAACCUGCAAAGCAUACGCCUUUUUAUCAAACCUAGUUAAAAUAAUUCGGUCUAAGGCAGAUCUGAUUUUAAAUGUUAACGGGAAAGUCGCAGAUCCUGAUAACCUAUUGUACACAAACGCGAAUAAUUGGCGUUUGCAGUGUGAGAAUACAUUGGUCAGAGCCGCACCGCGCGUCGUUAGCACUCAAGCAUUCAAAGAUUUACCAACGGAGUUAAGGAAGAGGCUGAGAGAACUUGGGUGUAUUGUGUAUGGGCAUCAAGCGAACCCUACAUUCUCACCCAUACCAGGAAGAUAUACCAAAACCAUGUCUCAAACUAAACCUUGCGAAGAUAUAAUAAAAAGCCUUGAUAUGGAACACGUACGAAAGUCUUUCGUUCCCUACAAACCAAAGCCCUACACAGUAACCACAGAGAAAGUUAAGUGUGAGCGAGAAAAGAAAAAACCGAUUUUAGUACGGACAACGCGGGCCCAAGAAAAACGCGCUAUAUACAAUAUGUCGAAGACGGGACCUGCGAAAUCGAAUUCACAAAAUCCAUCAGCGAAAACACCACGUUACCUUGACCCGAAUUCGUGUAAGGAUACAAAGAUGCCGCAAAAGAAUUUUAUUAAUAAAGUUAUGUCAUCUACCGAGAGCUCCCGUAACUCGAGUCCCGUGCUUAAAAGGAAUGAGAAAAAACAAGGUAAAGCAAUGUCCGAAGAUAGCCUUGCAACGACAUCGAGGCCGAGAACUGCCGAACCAUCGACGGAUUCACUUAGCGAGUCGCAAAGUAACAAGUACGGCACCUACACCAAAACAAAACACGCACUAAAAGGAUCUGUCGAAUCAGUAACGACGCAACAUAGUAUAAGCUCCAAUAGAAACACAACAAAAAUACCUUUAUAUUCAUAUGCUGGAUCCAAAACUGAGAGCCAAUGUCGUCGUCAGAUUGCUCAAAAUGAACCAAAAACAAAUAAAACACAAUCCUGUAGGAUGUCAACAAAUAUACCUAAACCGAAGAUUUCAUUUCCUGGUUCCCUCAUGAUGGCUACUAAAGCCAGUUCAGCUAAAAUAGUGACGAAAGUUGUGAAGGAACCCGUCAAAACGAAGAAGGUGCCUAAAAAAGUAAAGGAUGUGGAAUCAAGGCCAAUAGGAAGAUCAGGCACGUUCUUAAAAGAUGAACCGACCUUCAGUGAAGAAUCAAGGUUAAUGAGUAAAUAAUUUUAUUUGUUACUUGAAAUUUAUUUUUAAAAUGAUUUUUACCGUGUGCACUAUAAAAUAUUUUUUCCGUAAAAUAUCAGUCUAAUUUGCUGUAAAAAAUUAAAUUACCUUUGUUUUCUGUAUAUAAAGAAAUUGUUAUUUCAUAAGCGAUCUUGUAACGACUACGUAUUUUCUUCACACCUAUAAAGGUUUUAUGGCUUAGUAUGUCAAAUAGAAAAUAAACUGUUCCUGACUAGCUUAUGUGUUGAUAAACGCUUCAGGCUUAAAUAAAUCUAAUAGGUUUUCGUUUAUAAGAUCGGAGCAAGGGCAGCUAUAUAAAAACUUAGUCUCAUCCCCUAAUUAUUUCUUAAUGACAUUAUAGAUAAUGCAUCAAGAAUGACUAGCCUCGAUACUUCGUUAAUUAGUCAUAGGUUUAAAUAUAUUUACCACAUUACCAUUAUAAGUCUUUUUAUUGACAUUCCAGACUAGUUCGACGUUAAAUCUAAUUUGAUAAAAAAUAUUUUAUUAUUUCAUAUACUGUACUUUAUUGUAUUUAAUUUAUCGUAUAGGCUAUUUUUUUUCUUUAUUUUUGUUUCAUAGUAUAUAUUUUAUAUGAGAUUCUAUAAUCUUACGUACGUUUAAAUGUUAACAAUACGUUAAGGUGUUUAUUGACAUUGUAUUUUAAGAUGGUUAUCUUAAUAAUAAGUGAUAAAUUUAUAGACUUUUUUUGACACUUUCUGUUUUUUACGGUGGUAUUGUUUAGUUUAGUUUACUAUACUUUACUUUAAAUUAUAGUUAAGUCUUUAUACACAUCAAGGCAUAAUUUUUAUUUAACUCUACGGUAACACUGAACUAACAGUAAACUGGUACUUUGAUAUUCAAGACAUGUAUAGCCAUAGGUAAUUUGUAAAAAUAAAGGCUGGCCCUGAAUUAAUGCUGAUUUGCUACAAAGGAUGAUUACACCUAUGUAAGAAAUCAAAAGAACGUUAAUCAAGUACUUAAAACAAUAUAUUCAAAAUAAUAGAAAAGAUUAACUAAAAGUAUCAUUGUUGUUUUUUAGUUUUUAUUGUAAGAUUAGUUUUUUAGAUUUACUUUUGAAAUGAUCUCAAGGAUGCACAGUAUUUAAUUGUUUGGUCAAGCAUCAGCCAUUUUUAGAGACUAUUAUUUUUCUAUAUUAAUAAAGUACGCUAAGCUAAGCUCUAGUAAUUGUGAUUAUUAUUCGAAGACUAAGCAAUCGACAGACUUUAAAUUACCUGAAAGAGGUUAUCAAUUUAACCUUAAAGUAUUCUGUGUCGCAUUUCUGCAAUUGUAUUUACUAUUAUGGUUCAUAUUCAAAAUUUUAUGUACUUUUAGUAUUGAUUGUUUAGUGUUAAAUGUACAAUAGUUAGAUGUUUUGCUUGGUUUUUAGUCUCGAAUAAAAGAUGUAAACAUGUUAUUGUAAUUUGUAAACAAUAUAAAUAAAUUUUCAGUCACAA